AUGGUGAAAGGCAACUUUGGCAGAUUCCUCGAUCUGCAAACUGCCAUCAGAGAGUUGGCGUAUCCCACAAUUGGCAUUGCUGCGCUCACGGAGGCUGUCAUGGGUACUGCACCCAAAAAGAGCAAAAAGGUCACAAUGUCGAAUUGGGAGAAGUACAUGCUGAAUCCAUACCAGAUCUUGUACGGCUCUUGGGAUGUCUUCAUGUGCGGACUGGUGCUGAGGCAGCUCCGGCACUGGCAUGCAGUUGGCAUGGAAUGCACAUCAUGUGGACAAAACUUAGGACAGCGCUGCGAACAGCCGAUUAGGCUGACGUGCCCUUGUGGCAAGGAAGCGGCCAGCCUUCAUUCGCUGUGGAGCCACUGCAAGACGAAGGGACAUGAUACUGUGCACCAGUGCGACUUGUGCAAACGAAUUGUCUUCGGAUAG